AUGUCGGUCGAUACUAAGGCGACUCAAGGCGAAUCUGUCCCAUUGCGCCCGCUCCUCGAGAAGCUUCCGCAAGAGCUGUACGACUGCAUCUACGACCUCACCUUCACCACCCAGCCAGGCAUCCGCUACACCAGCAAGCCACCAAAGGGCGCCUCUGAAGAAGGUCGCAUUGCUCGUCCUCUCUACAUUGCGCCCGACAACGUCGGCCUCCUUCAUGUCGACCGCCACAGUCGCGACAAGUUUGCUCGCUCGUAUUACGGGGGCGAAGGUGCUGUAUUUGUCUACGACGUCACCCGAAUACCUGUGAAGUGGCCGGGAAUAUGGUGGACGUGGGGUCUCUCGCUCAGCACCAUGCAUAGGUCGCUGAUUAAGGAUCUUCGCUAUGUCUUCGUCGCAAUGUGCGAGGUCGAAGAUCUGGGGGCAAGCUACAGAGUGUCGGUCAUGAACGGGUCCAGACACCUUCGAGAUGAGGGGAAGGCGAAGCUUGGUCUAGCGCCUAAUGCGACGGUCCAAUUCGGAAACGAAGGCGAAAUCACUGACGACCUCGGAAGCUUCCGAUCCUAUGCUGUCUUCGGAGUCGAGCAGACUCCUAUUCGGGAUGGGAUCUUGUAUUAUGACCAUAGAAUGCAUGAAUUGCCCCUCUAG